GGCCACUGGACCCGGUGCAGCGCUAGCCCGACCAUGGCGGCGGACGGCGGGGCAGAACAAUCGCCGUGGUUCGUGCACCGGCCGGGGACCUGCGGCUGGAAACCCGUCCAGUCCCAGAACCAGGUCCCAAUGAGGUCCUGCUGCGCAUGCAUUCCGUCGGGAUCUGCGGGUCCGACGUCCACUACUGGCAGCACGGCCGGAUCGGGGAUUUUGUCGUCAAGGACCCCAUGGUGUUGGGGCACGAAGCUGCUGGGACUGUCGUCAAAGUGGGCUCAGGGGUGACUCAUCUGAAACCAGGUGACCGUGUGGCCAUCGAGCCGGGCGUCCCGAGGGAAAUGGAUGAGUUCUGCAAAACUGGCCGCUACAACCUGUCCCCAACCAUCUUCUUCUGUGCAACCCCCCCCGACGAUGGGAACUUGUGCCGCUACUACAAGCACAGUGCCAGCUACUGCUACAAGCUUCCAGAUAACGUCACCUUUGAAGAAGGAGCCCUUAUCGAGCCCCUGUCAGUGGGAAUCCAUGCCUGUAAAAGAGCAGGAGUCACUCUGGGAAGCAAAGUCUUCGUGUCUGGCUCUGGACCAAUUGGCCUCGUUAAUGUGAUUGUUGCUAAGAUGAUGGGUGCAGCUGCUGUGGUGGUCACAGAUUUAUCUGCCUCUCGCCUGCAAAAGGCCAAGGAGGUGGGGGCAGAUUUUACCAUUCAAGUGAAGAACGAGACCCCUCAGGAGGUGGCCUCCAAAGUGGAAGGUGUGCUUGGCUGCAUGCCCGACAUCACCGUGGAGUGCACAGGGGUGCAGGCCUGCAUCCAGGCUGGCAUUUAUGCCACUCGUUCUGGUGGGACCUUGGUGCUGGUGGGGCUGGGGCCUGAGAUGGUGACGGUGCCCAUUGUGAAUGCUGCUGUGCGGGAGGUGGAUAUCCGCGGGAUAUUCCGCUACUGCAACACGUGGCCCGUGGCCAUCGCUCUGCUCGCAUCCAAGCGGAUCAACAUCAAGCCCUUGGUUACGCACCGCUUCCCCCUGGAGAAGGCUCUAGAGGCGUUUGAGACCACCAAGAGGGGUGAGGGGGUCAAAGUCAUGCUGAAGUGUGACCCCACUGACCAGAGUCCCUGAGCUGCUGCAGUGCCCAGCCCUCGCCCCACUGCACCGGCCUGCCUGGGACGUGCAGGAUGAGGCUGCAGGAAGGAGGCUGAUGUGGGGCUGUUGUGUGUUUGCAGUCACCUUGCACAGCUGCUUCUUGUAACUAGAAAAUCAAAUGGUGAUGAGGGUGAGUGGCACUGAGAUUCACCAUUAGAGCACUAACAGGUAGUUACAAAUGGACAACCAAGAAUUCGAAUCAAAAUGUUGGGUUAGAAAUGAGGGUUUUCACAGUUGGCUCUUCUCCAGCAGCCCCCCAGCAGAGCCUGGCCUGAUGCCUCUGUGCUGGGGGAGGUGCUGGCACUCCACCUUCUCACCCUGCUGCUCUGGCUGCAGCCCUUCCUGCAUGACAAUCCCUGGAUGUGAGAUAGCCCUGUGUGAAUAUUCCCCCUUCCCAUUGCACCUUCUCUCAGGGAUGCUCAGGGAUUGUACAGCCUGUGGAACAAAGCCUGGCCAUCCCCCCUCCAUAGGAAGCAUCAGCACAUUCAGGUCAUUCUCUCCAUGCUCUUUGCAAAUAUCCCAAAGCUCAGAGUCCAGGGUUUUUGUGAAGCUGGUCUGGAGGCCAGCUGGGACCACGUCUGCUGUGUCACCCCCCAGCAGCUCCUUGUGGGACCACUUCAGGCUGGGAAACUGGGACUGCUGAGGGCCUUGUCUUUAUGUGGUUCCCAGGGAGGGGCUGCUGUUGGAGGAUACAGCUGCUUUUAGCACAGAGGGAAGUGCAGGGGAGCCGUAAGGGGACAGCAUCAUUCAAAGGUUUUACCACUGUGAAAAAAUCAUAAUUUUUUGGGAAUAUCGAACCUUCCUGCUGAGUUUGUGAGCCAUGAACAAGGUACUAAUGAGGUAGCAGGUUGCAGAUAAAAUCUAAUCUUUGAUUACAGUCAUGCUAAUUUUAGUACUGAGAGAUCAGUUUCUUCCUUGGGCCGGUACUGAACUUUCCUCAAUAAAUUCUGCCUACCUGAGACCUAC